UAAUAUUUUUAUAGCGUCUGUUCGUGCAGGAAAAUGAGUUGCUUAAACAUUAUAUGAGACCAAAAUUUUUUAUUUUGCGCACACUAUGGAACCGCCAUUCACUUUGAAGUCCUAGAGAAAGAAGAGUACUUUGGCCUCUGUUUUCGAUCAGCAGGAGAAAUGGAAGAGGCUGUUGUGUCCUUAGCCAUUGGAAGGAUCUCGGAUUUACUCAUUCAAGAAGCAGUUUACCUGGUUGGAAUUCGUGAGGAAGUGGAGUGCCUGAAGGCGGAACUAAAGCGGAUGCAGAGCUUUUUGAAAGUCGCUGACCAUAGGCAAGAACAAGACGAGCGUCUCCGCAACCGAGUGGGGGAAAUUAGAGAUCUUGCUUACGAUGCUGAAGAUGUUAUUGACUCCUACAUUCUUGAAAUUGCACAUCAAGGAGGCUUUCAUGGAAUCAUCAAGAGAUUCACCUCCACUUUCACCAAGCCUUCUCAUUUGCACAAAAUAGGGGUGCAGGUCAAAGCAGUCCAGACAAAGCUUGAAGCUAUUUCCAAGAGUCUUCCGGCUUAUGAGAUAUCUGGUGAACGAGAGGAGGCUAGCUCUAUUUCCAGAAUGCAGCAGCAGCAGCGGUUAAGAAGAACAUAUUCGCAUGUUGAGGAAGUGAUGGUUGUUGGCUUGGAGGGCAUGACAAGGAAUGUUUUGGCUCAGUUAAUGACAGAAGAAGAAGAAGAAGAUAGACUUCAUGUCGUUGUUUCCAUAGUCGGAAUGGGGGGCAUAGGUAAAAGCACUCUUGCAAAAAAAGUAUACAAUCACAUCGAUGUGAGACGACAUUUUGAUUGUUUUGCUUGGGCUUUUGUUUCUCCAAAAUUUAUGCCAAGAGAAGUUUUGCUUGAUGUCCUCAUAAAAGUUCUUUCUCCUUCUAAAGAAGAAAGAGAGCUAAUUGAUAAAUUGAGGGAGAAUGAAUUGAUAAAAAGACUUUUUGUUGUCUUGAGAGAAAAACGGUAUUUGGUAGUCCUUGAUGAUAUAUGGAGAAGUGAAGAUUGGGAUUAUCUUAAACCUGCUUUUCCACGAGGAAAAAAGGGUAGUAAAAUUUUAUUCACAUCACGGAAAAAGGAUGUGGCAUUACAUACGGAUCCUUGUAGCUGCCCGAUAGAGCUUCCACUUCUUACUGAUGAUGAAAGUUGGGAGCUUUUCAAGAGGAAAGCAUUUCCUGGAAAUACAACUAAGUCCGAUGCUCGUUCAAGAGAAUUUGAGAUGCUAGGAAGAGAAAUGGUGAAAAAAUGUGGAGGGCUACCUCUGGCAAUUGUUGCGCUGGGAGGAUUGCUAGCAACUAAAAAAUCAUGGGCUCAGUGGGAGAUGGUUCAAAGAAACAUGCGUGCACACUUAAACAAGGUCCAACAUCAAGACCAUCAGUAUGGUGCUGUGAAUGGAAUUUUGGUUUUAAGCUACAAUGAUUUGCCUUAUUAUUUAAAACCAUGCUUCUUAUAUCUUGGUCAUUAUCCAGAAGAUUUGGAGAUUUCAAAAAAGGAACUCAUUCGAUUAUGGAUUGCUGAAGGUUUCAUUUCACCAUCAAUGGAAAGCGGAGGAAUGUUGAUGGAAGAUGUUGCUGAACAAUUCCUGGAAGAGCUGAUAAAUAGAUGUUUGGUUCAAGUUGGCAAGAGGGAUCGUAUAGGAGUAGGUGUGAAAACAUGUCACAUACAUGAUCUCUUGAGGGACUUGUGCGUGGAGAAAGCUCGAGAGGAGAAUUUCUUGAAAAUUAUUCAGCCAAUUCAGCCAGUUGAUGUGACCUUAUCGGCAUCUAUGCCACGAAGAAUUGCUAUUCAUCCUUCCAAAAGGUAUGUUUCUUUGAAGGGAGAACAUCCAAAAUUAUGUUCAUUGUUGCUCUUUAAAAAUGAGAAAUUGAUAGAAUUGAACAUUUCAAAUUGCAAAAACUUCAAAAAUUUAAGAGUCUUGAAAGUUGUGGAAAGGAAGAAAAUCCAGUGGUAUGUAUCAAGUGUAAUUGGUAAUCUACAUCAUUUGAGAUAUUUGGGGUUAAAAUGUGAGGGAAGAAUCAUCUUCCCACGAUCUAUUGAGAAGUUGAAAAGUUUGCACACUUUGUAUGUCCAAAGUAAUGGAUUAACAAUAAAUCCUAAAGUUCUACUCAAUAUGGAACGUUUAAGGCAUAUUUUAUUAUCUAAUUUGUGGAUGCCGCUAAGGAUUACUUCAAAAAAUAUUGAAACUUUAAAGUACAUUUGGGUUGAGAAUUUAAUUGAAAAUAAUGCAGUGUUGGGCUUGGCUAAUAUUCAGAGUUUAGGAAUAUAUUUUAGGAGAUCAAAAGAUGUUGAGCCUAUCCUAAAAGCACUGGUCGAAUCACACCGCCUUCGGUCAUUGGACAUGAGGUUUCCUAGGGCGGAUUCAAGCCAAUCAUUUCCAAACUUGGAACCCCUUUCUCAGUUUCAUAAUCUCUCCAAACUAUUCUUAGAAGGGAGGAUAGAAGAAGAUCCGCUUGAGGUUCAUGUUUUGAAAUUUCUUCCAGCAAACAUUGCCAAGUUAACUUUGGAGAGAUCUGAGUUGAAGCAGGAUCCAAUGGCUGUAUUGGAAAAGCUGCCUCAUUUAAGGACUCUCCGCUUAUGGUGGAAUUCAUACAGGGGGACUAAACUGAUUUGCUCUGCCAAUGGGUUUCUUCAGCUUGAUUCUCUUGAAAUUGAAUUUUUAUCAAAAUUAGAAGAGUGGGACAUAGAAGAAGGCGUAAUGCCACGUCUCCGGAGUUUAUCUUUGGUUGGUUUAAAUAAUUUGAGGAUGUUUCCAGAAGGGUUGAGGUAUAUUACUGCUCUCCAGAAAAUGAAAUUAGAUUUGAUGAAAAGGUCAUUGGUAGAAAGGAUUCAAGUGAUAGAUGGGAGGGAAGGAGAGGAUUUCUUUAAAGUCAACCACAUACCCUCCAUCCAAAUAUCUCACACAAAGGAAUGACUUAAAAUUCUAAUUUUGCAGGUACAAUAAGAUAGGCACCGAUACAAGGCGGAGUUGGAUGCUUUAUUUGAUCAUGAAAAGCUAUUGUGCCAAUAAGAGCAAGAAGAGGCUGGGAUCACUUCGGUUUGCUUUUUGAUUGUUUCAAAGUGUGAUUUGUUCCUUUUUUCCUUGAUAGUUGAUUCUGAGGAUCAAGUGCUUUUAGGAAAUGAAUUGUUAUGAGCUUUAAUGAACUGGCUGUUUAUUGAUUUUAAAUGUGGAGUGUACGAAGAUUAUCCAUGUGUUGAUGGCAAGCUACUGAUAGUUUUAUUUUCUAAAUUUUAUUUCU